AUGCGCCUGCGUUUGCGCGCCUAUACACCGAGUCAACAGAAGGAAUAUUACCCAUUGCAUUCUCGAGGUUUGAACAACGGAUAUGGCUUCGGCACGUCUAUCCGUACUAAUUCAGCACAACCGGCUUUUGCUCAGAUGCGUGGCCAUGCUUACUCGAGUGACUCUAUUGACCGUGUUCCCGCAUUCAGCACAGAAUGCGUAUAUGCCAGAUAUCCGUAUGCAGCACUGAAGGGCGACAGGAGACGUUUAGCGGUUCAAAAAGGUGUGAGGUUGAAACGACAGAUUGCUUGGCCUGGAGGCCUUCAGUACUGUAUACGGAUACUUGGCGUAUAUGUGUUCAGUGCUGAAGGGCGACGAGGGGAAGGCGUUGCGCGCAGCAGGGUUCGACAUCCGUGGGCAAGGUUCAGAUUACAGCAAGAUCGCAAGCCUUCAGGCUGCAAAGAUGCAGGCGUUGGAGAAUGGAGAGCGCCUGAGCGCGAGCUUUUUUACGUUCUGGACGCCGAACAAGCGGCGCGAUGCUGGCAAGCGACGGUGGGUACACCCUCCCCUAGCGAUAUGCUACCGCUAAUGAUUUUUCAAGGAUGGAGUAACACCUCAGCUAGCAAUGCCAGUGCAAUUCGGCAUCAGCGACAUCAUCGAGAAGGUGGAGGCAUGGCGACUGAAACCGCAGCGGAUGGCGGAAUACUUGCAGCCCCUCAGCAUGAGAAGGGCAUUGACGAGAUGAAGGGACAUAUGCCUAAGGUUGGGCAGUACUCUCCCGCCGCUCUCUGGAUGUUCCACAUGGUCGACAUGGAUUCUUUCGGGGACGGCUGGAGAGACUCGGACAUUUCCGAUGGCCGCGGAAAAAUGACAACGACCGCCUCGACAGACCCCUUCACCCUACCAGCGAGCUCAGGUAUUCUGGGUGCUUUAACAGGAUACAUGAAUGACCGAUGCAUGGGUACCAGCGACGCACUUUUCGGCUGGCGUGUUCUAGCACUGGUGGACGAGGCAAGCACCGAAACGACAAAGGAUUCCCUCCAAAUGUGCAAAUGCGUUAGGUCGCCAAAAACUCGCGUGGCAGUGCAUGAAAACGUUUUCGUCGGAGAAGAGCUAGGGGCCGUUAGGCACUUCCUCCGUGCGAUAUCCUCGGUACAAAGCUCGACUGGAAGAUCAUGCACAACUUCAUGCCUGGGGCAACUUGGGAUAGAGAAAUGUGGGCCGUCGCGGCAAGGCUCAUCGCCGCCGACACACAGGGAAUCAGUGUCGACGUGGACGGGGCGCUGA